AUGGCAGCAUUCUACCAAUUUCUACGCCAAAAGUACAACCCUCCAGCCCUCACCGAGAAAGACUUUGCCGGCAAGACAGUCUUGAUCACGGGCGCCACCUCUGGCCUGGGUCUCGAAGCAGCCAAGAAGAUCGCCGCGCUCGACGCGUGGACGGUCAUCAUCACUGCUCGAGAUCAAGCCAAGGGAGAAAGGGCGAAAGAGGAGAUUGAAUUUGUAUGUCGAGAGCGAGCCAUGGAUGAUCUGGACAUCCAGGUCUGGCCGUUGGACAUGAGUGAUUUCUCGAGCGUCAAGCGAUUCGCAGACAAAGUGAACAAAGAGCUGCCAAGGCUUGAUGCAGCUAUACUGAAUGCCGGGCAGUCGAAUAGGACCUGGAGUAAAGUCUCAGCUGAUAACGGACCGUGGGAGAUGACGUUGAUGGUGAAUACACUGGCUACGGUCUUUCUCGGGCUGCUUCUGCUGCCGAAGCUGCUCUCGACAGCCAGAGCCAAGGGCGCUGAUCCCACAGACCCACCACAUCUGACUUUCGUAUCUUCAGGUACGGUAAUGGGGGAGAAACCCGAGAGGUACGCCAAAUACGAGGGCAGUCAGAACGUGUUGGAGGCGGCAAGCCAAAAGGAUACAUACCCCGACGGACGAGCCCAGUAUGCAACAUCCAAGCUUUUUAUGGAAUAUGGCAUGCGAUACAUCGCAGGCCUACCGUCCGUUGCCAAAGACUCCGGAGAGAAGACCGUGAUCGUCAACUCCACCUGCCCAGGGAUGUGUGAGACCGACAUCGGACGCUCAUGGCGCGGCCAAUCUAUCUUCCUCACAUUUCUGAUCUGGUUAUACCUCAGCCUAUUCGCGCGGUCGGCGGACCACGGAAGUCGGAGCUAUGUCAGUGCGCUGACGAGAGGCGUGGAUGGACAUGGCAAGAUGUGGAAGGAUGAUGAGUAUCGAGAGUCAGUGUACCCCAGCCCCAGUCCCGAUCUCACAAGGAGAGCGUCUGCUAACCAGCUUCAAAGUCUUGGACCCAUGGUUGACAGUGAACAAGGAAAAAAGCUUGGUAACGAGGUGUGGAGGGAAAUGGUUGAGAUUUUCGAGAAAGAGGCGCCAGACAUCAAGGAGAUCAUCUCGUCCCAAUAA